GACCCCACCAAAAAACAACUAAUUCAGAAAUGCACCCCAAACUUUUGAGAUCAUACUCUUCAUUCAUCCAACAACCAGGCCUUUCUUAAAUUUAUCCAAAAGGGCUUGUUGUUUUCAUAUUUGCAAGAAAAUCAUGUGCUAAAUCGGAAAAUCCACCGGCCGAACGAAGAUUGAGACGCCGGAAAUGCGAGAACUGAAGCAAAAAUUGCAGUUGUAAACAGUGAAGGUGUGGAUGACGAUGGACAGAGAGAAGGAGAGGGAGAUGGAGUUAGAAAGUGCAAUGUACACUAACUGUUUGUUAUUAGGCCUGGAUCCAGCGAUCAUAGGUAUCGUAGCUAACAAUGGCACUCCUCGUGUUGGAUUUUUUCGUCAUUCAAACCCUAAAUUGGGAGAACAGCUUCUUUACUUCCUACUUUCUUCUCUUAGAGGCCCUGCUCAAUCCUCCAAGGAUUUCGAUAAGGUCUGGCCAAUAUUUGAUUCGGCGCAAUCUCGUGAUUUUCGGAAGGUUGUGCAAGGAAUUAUAAGCGAGCUGGAAUCACAAGGUGCACUUCCUAGAAGCAAUUCGAGGGUCUCAUCUCUUGCGACAUGCUGUGGACCAAGAUUCGUCGAACUUCUGUGGCAACUCUCACUGCAUGCUUUGAGGGAAGUUCAUAGGCGAACAUUUGCUGCUGAUGUUGCUUCUAACCCGUUACCUGCUUCAUUGACGGAUGUAGCUUUCUCACAUGCAGCCACCUUACUUCCUGUAACAAAGGCUAGGAUUGCUCUUGAAAGAAGAAGGUUUCUGAAAAAUGCUGAAAUAGCAGUUAACAGACAGGCUACGUGGUCUAAUUUGGCUCAUGAGAUGACAGCUGAGUUUCGAGGCCUUUGUGCUGAAGAGGCUUAUUUGCAGCAAGAACUUGAAAAACUGCAUGAUGUUAGAAAUAAAGUAAAGUUGGAAGGUGACCUCUGGGAUGAGCUUGUAUCAAGCUCAAGUCAAAACUCGCAUAUGGUCCAAAGAGCUACUCGCUUGUGGGACUCUUUGCUAUCCCGCCAGAAUCAGCAUGAGAUUCUUGCUUCUGGCCCAAUAGAGGAUCUUAUAGCUCAUCGUGAGCAUAGAUAUCGCAUAUCUGGGUCGGCUUUGCUUGCAGCCAUGGAUCAAAGUUCUGCGGCGCCACCUCGUGGUUUAGUUUCAUCGCAUCCAGAUAAUGAACGGUCUGAAAGAUCACCAGCAGUUGUAAAUAGAGAAAUGCAUGUGAACAAUCCAGAUUCUUCUCAUACUCAAGGAAAUGAUGAGAGAUUUUCUCGAGUUGAUGAAAGGACUGCUAGAGGCCAUCCUACUAUUGAUAUAGCUGAAGUGUUGAGGCGUUGGACACAUGCAUUACAACGAAUUCAUAAGCAGUCACUUCAACUAGCAAAAGUAAAUGAUGGAGAGGGUCCAGAGCUUCUGAGAAGCUCACAUGAUGGUGGUACGAGUGAUCAUGCUGAAUACUUGAGUGCAACACUUGCUGAACAUCGGCAACACCUAGCAAGUAUACAGGUGCUCAUAAAUCAACUCAAGGAAGUUGGUCCAGCUAUACAGAAUUCAAUUGCACAGCUUACAGAAGAAGUCAAUAGUGUUUCAUCCAGUCUUCUCCCCAUGGCCGAACAUCAUGCUAGAUCACAUUCACUGGUCCAAGCACAGAAUAGCAGACAAACAUUGGAGAACAGCACUGAUGAGGUAGCUGAGAUGACCUCAAAAAUGUCGUCCAUGCAUAUUGAGAAGGCAUCGGCCAGUUCCCCUGCCUUAAAACUUCCACCUUUGUUUAGUUUAACGCCAAAUUCUUCCGGAAAAGGUGGGAACAUGCAGAAGAGACAGGUCUCAGCUCAGGCCAGCCAAAUAGAUAAUAUGCAUGAGAAAAAAUCUCCAGAUCUGCCAAUUUCGAAUAAUUCAAUGGAUAAUCCUCCGCAAGCAGAUGAUGACACUAGCUUUGUCCAAAAUUUGAAGAGAUCUGUCAGAGAAGCUGCACUUUCCUCCCAAUUGUGCUAUCCGGAAUCAUCUCAAGAUAGCCGUUCUGAUGAUAGCUCUGAGCACUAUUUUAUACCUGUACCAGGGGUUGGGUUUUCUCAUUUUGGUAACAAAUCAAACUUAUUGAGAAGUAAAAAGCUGCUUGCGCCCGAACCAGAUUUAUCUUUUCUUGGUAACCAGGCUCCACGCAGUCAUGUGUGCAUCAAGUCAGAGGGACUGCCUGACUUUUUCAAUGAUCUGCGAUCUCUUGAUGACUAUGAUGGCAUAGAUGGUUUUCUUUCGACCAUGGGUUCAAACUCUUCAGUUUCUGAUGCUUGCAGGUCAUUUUAUGAUUUGGAUGAAGCUGAAGAUCAAGUAUUUUCUCCUCCUUUGCUUAUGGAUAUGUCACUGCUGGCAGACUCGUACGAAGAUUUACUUGCACCUUUAUCAGAAACUGAAACUGCAUUAAUGAAGCACUGAGAUUGAAGUUCAAAUAACCUUGCUGCUCAGCCUACAACAGAUCUUCAGAACCUUGUACCUCCUAUGUUUCAGUGACAUGGGAUAACCUCCUAACUUUGACAUUUUUCUUUAUCAUUCGUUUAUGUGUAUUUUUUCAUCUUAUUCCGAGGAGCAGAGGGAACUUGACAUCUCAAAAUUUCUCUAAUAUCAGCUUGACAGGCUGUUGUUAUCUUCAAAUGUUCACCCACCAUGUGAAUCGGAAUUCAUAAGAAUAAAGCUCUUCUUGAGGAGAUCAUCAGAACUGCCCCAAAUGUGAAAUGUACUCUCUAAACUGAAGGGGAAAAGUGCUUUAUUACUGUUGUGAGCUACGCUAACAUCUGUUGGCAGUUAAGCUUUGAUAUGUUCAUUACACUGUCAGUUUAACAGUAAAAUUUAUUGUCGAUAAGCAACUAUCAUGCCUUGAUUUGUUCCAGACACUAAAGAAUUAUUCAGUUACUGCAUGGAUGGAAAAAAUUGAGUCUCCAUAGUGCAGCUCCAAGACCCCUUAGUUCUUAUUCAUUUUGCAUUAUCAGGCAUGUGUAAAGCUACUCCAGCUUUCUGACGAAGGACUUAAAUUUUUAUCCUACAUUGGUGUGGUUAUACAUGGAAACAACUUCCAUGUCUCUUAAAUUGUACAACUAUAAGUACAAAGUUUUUUUUAUCAGCUGUUGGUGUAGUUAUCUUUCUAGUUUCUCCUGUCA